CUAUUAAUCAUUACGAUUUCUGUGUAUUUUUUUUGUUCCUUUUCAUUUGAUUUUUUGUUUAUUCUGUUUGCUUUCUUGUUAUUCUCUUGAUGCUAAACAGUGAUUGAGUUUUUAUCUUAAAAGAGUAUCGGCGGAUCUAAUCUGAAUAUUGAAUUCGUUUUAUUGGUUUACAGAUUGCAUUAUUAAAACUUUGAUUUUGAUUAAAAUAAGAUCUUCGCAGCUGGGUAUUGUUUGAUCUGAAUUGUAGAGAUCUGGGCUGCUUUGUUGAAUUAUUUUUGUUUUAUUUCAUCAAAAGAUUUGAUUGUUAUGUUGUUUUUGAAUUUUGAACCUGGUUUUCUCUGCCGAUUGGUAUGUACUGUUGUUUGAGAAGUCAUUUUUCUAAUUUUAUCAGUAGAUAAGUUUUUUUCCGCAUAUGUUCUUUUCCACAACUUGACAAUUACUUUUUAUUGCAUCUGGAACUUUGGAUAUAUGGUUAUCCAUUUUUAUCAGCGGAUUGCAGUUGUUGAAGAGACGAGGAUUUGGAGUGGUUUCAAUAAAGAAGAGGUGCUUCUUUUGCCGUCACAUCUCGAGGAGAUGGUGGAAGAUCGGGUAUGUUUAGUCUCAGGGGACUAUUCCAGGACCUGUGAACAAGAAAGCAAUUGGCCUUGCAUGAAUCAACGGCUGGAAAAAAUUGAGGUUCCGCGCGGUAAGCGACCUUUAGAAACAGAUGGAGAGAAAGAAGUUGUUGUCAGAAAGGUGUCUAAGAAAUUGGGAAUCUUUGUAGAUACAUCUUUAUCAAUUGGUGGGUUUUUAAUGUCCGCUUCUGAGAAAUCUGGUAAUAAGCAGUAUGCAGGACAAAAUUCUGAUUCUGAUUCGAGUUCUUUGAUCGCUACUAUUGGUCGUGACAACUCUAUUAGUUGUCUAAUUCGGUCCUCGAGAGCUGAUUACGGUGCUAUUGCAUCUCUAAACAGUAGUUUUCGUUCACUUGUUAGAAGCGGUGAGCUCUAUAGAUUGAGGAGGCUAAAUGGCGUGGUCGAGCACUGGGUUUAUUUUUCCUGUCAUCUUCUCGAAUGGGAAGCCUUUGACCCGAGUCGGCGCCGUUGGAUGCAUUUACCAAGUAUGAAUCCUAAUGGCUGUUUUGGGUGUGCAGAUAAGGAAUCUUUGGCUGUUGGCACUGAGCUUCUUGUUUUCGGGUGGGAUCUCAUGUCUCAUAUCACUUACCGGUAUAGCUUGUUGACCAACACGUGGUCAUCGGGACCAAACAUGAACGAGCCUAGGUGUUUGUUUGGAUCUGCCAGCCUCGGGGAGAUUGCAAUAUUAGCUGGUGGUUGCAACUCACGUGGCACUAUCCUCAGUUCCGCAGAGCUCUAUAAUUCUGAAUUGGGAAUUUGGAAGACACUUCCAAGCAUGAAGAAACCGAGGAAGAUGUGUUCUGGGGUGUUCAUGGAUGGAAAGUUUUAUGUGAUUGGAGGAAUUGGAGGAACAGAGUCGAAGCUUCUCACAUGUGGAGAGGAAUAUAAUCUGGAAACCGAGACUUGGACUGAAAUACCUAACAUGUCCCCAGUGCGGACUGAUGUGGCCAGGGAAUUCGAUCGACCUGCUACGUCCGAAGCACCUCCGUUGAUUGCUGUUGUAAAUAAUGAAUUAUAUGCUGCUGAUUAUGCUGACAUGGCACUGAGAAAGUAUGACAAGAAUAAUAAAGUGUGGAUUACCGUAGGAAGAUUGCCAGAACGAGCUGAUUCUACGAAUGGUUGGGGUUUGGCGUUUAGGGCAUGUGGCGAUAGGCUUAUUGUAAUUGGAGGGCCUCGGACUGUUGGUCAGGGAUAUAUCGAAGUCAAUGCAUGGGUUCCAAUUGAAGGUCCGCCGCAAUGGGUUUUGCUCGGCCGAAAACAAUCUGGCAGUUUUGUUUACAAUUGUGCUGUGAUGGGAUGCUGAUCAUUUGUGUUUCGGUGCAGUCUGUACCAUUCAAAUUGAGUGCCUCGCUCUCCGAUGGAUUGGAUCCCAGAUGCACCUGAUUACUACUAAUGGGUAAUUUCUUGCAAGUUUGCAUUUUCAACUUUUUUCCCUUUCACUUGGAGGAGGAUCAGAAGGAUUAUAUUUUACUCAAGAUUCGAUUGAUUGUUCUCUUUGAGGUAGUCUUGGGUACAUCUUUUUAAAACUAAAUCUAAAUUUUCUUCCUGUAAAUUGCCUUCUCCCUUUGAAGUAACAUGAGAAAAUAUCAAAGUUGACCUUUGCGCAGAAAAAUGUUCGAAUAACUUCUAGGAGGAAUACAUUUAUAGGUUUUCGUUGGUGUCUUAUGAAGGUUAUCUCAUAGAAUUCAGUGAUUCGAUUUUUCAAGUUCUUGGAAUUGUAUGAAGGGGAAAACAAUAAGGCAUGAACAUGUUUACUGGGAGCAUCGGCUAUAAAGUGAUCUUUUUUCUUCGGUUACUCUUUGCA